CUCAAGAAGCUGAUGAAACUGGAAAACACUUGUGUUUUGAUUCCAUGCUUUCGCAAGUGUUGCUUCAAGUUUAAAAACGUGAAUCUGCCUUUUCUCUGCUUUUCUUCUGAGUCGUUUUUACAAGACAAUCUUUUGCAAGAAACGAUUUAAAUGACUGAAUUAACGAAAGAAGAUAAGGAAAUUCCCGUUAUUAAAUAUGAAUAUUUGGACCACACAGCUGAUGUUCAGCUACAUGCUUGGGGAGAUUCCUUGGAAGAAGCUUUUGAACAAUGUGCUCAGGCAAUGUUUGGUUACAUGACUGAGAUUGAUAAAGUGGAGAUCUUGGAAAAGCAUGAAAUUGAAGCCCAGGGGGAGGAUCUACAGUCAUUGCUCUUCCAUCUGCUAGAUGAAUUCCUCUUCCUUUUUAGUGCAGAACCCUUUUUUAUUGCAAGGAAAGUGAAGAUCACAGAGUUUGACCGUAUCAACUUCAAAAUCAUAGCCACUGGUUAUGGAGAAAUGUUUGAUUUGAAGAAACAUCCUCAAGGAACUGAGGUGAAGGCCAUCACUUAUUCAAACAUGCAAAUCCAUGACACUGCAAAUUUGCAUGCAGUCUAUGUUAUUAUUGAUAUAUGAAUAUAAAUAACUCUAACUUUG